GUUCCUGCAGUCACUUCUCUGUCUCGGUUACGGUUAUUCCAAGCCAGCUCUUGUUAGAUUGUUUGUUUACGAUCUGCACAUCCUCGCCCUUCGCUGCCUCUCGCAUUACCGCACGCUCCAUCACACGCCCUUACGUUUAGCGCGUCGCCACACUCCGCAUAUCUAUCGCAGGCCGAUAUAUCUUCGCAUCAGCUCGCCUAUUACUCUAUAACCCCAACAACAUUCUUUAAUCUUCACACGAUCAGCAUGGCUGCUUCCACCACCACCUUUGGCACUCUCUCCGUCGCCCUUGCGCAAGCCAUCACUUGGCUCACUCGCCACCUCAUCACUGUCUACCCCGCCACGACUAUUAUCAAGCUCCAGCUUGCACUCGACCAGAACCUUACUGCCCAGUUCCAGUCUUCGUGGGCUCCUCACGACCCUGUUAAGGGCUCUGGUCGUCGCUGCCUCACUCUGUCACCCGCCUGCGCUCCCCCUCGCUCUAUCUACAACGCCUGCAAGUCCGCAGGUAUUGACUGGUCGAAAUGGAUCGCUACCUUGGGUGGCCUCGAGUUCGACCUGUUCAUUGACCCGGGUAACGUCUCCAUCCACUACGCUCACUGCGAGCAUGGCAAGGUCUUCACGAUCUGGAGGGAGAAGGUUGUCGAGGUGAAGCGCAAGGGUGUCUCGGAGGAGGCUUUGCAGGUUCAGCUCAAGGCUCAGGCUCAGGCCCGUGCCCUGGCUGUCGCUGGCAAGACUCUUGCUCAGCAGAUCAUCUGCGAGGCCGAUGACGAUGACGAGUUGUUUGCGAUGAUCGCGGACGAGGUUCGUGAACCUACCUGGAUUACUCCGACCUCAAGCGAGUUCCCCGCAAUCCCACCUCCUCGUUCCACUUCCUCCUCACCUGUGUCCAUCAUGUCCGCGUCUUCGUCGCACUCGCGUUCGAGUUCAUGCUCAUCAAGCUCCGCCUUCUCAUUCUCCUCUUACGGCUCCACUGACUCAUACGGUUCCACCACGACUGUCUCCCACUGCUCCACCUCACCCGACUCGAAGUCGGGGUUGAAGCUCUCCCGCCGUGAGCGUGCGCGCCAGUCGCGCGUCUACAUCGACAAGACCAGGACCGAGGUCACGAACUAUGACGGGGGCAAGACGACCGUGCUGACCGGGGGCGUCAUGCUUGGCGCGGCGUCCAAGCCGAACGCGAAGCUGUCCGGCCUCGCCGCGUCCGCCGCCCAGCGCAAAGCCAACGGCUCCACGGCGGAGACCUGGCGCUCCAUUCGCGCAUGAAGCGAGUCCUCGAUGGCCCACCCAUGGACCUUCACGACCCAGAAACGACCUACCUCAUGGCGAGAAGUCUCCACGCUCCCUAACUUACAGCCGUUUCAAUUUGGUCACCUUACGCUCGCUUUCAUGGGUCCAUCAUGUAGCAUUUAAUUUUGUGUAGAUCACGGGACAUUUGGUUCUGACAAAGCAUAGGCAUCUGUAAUCCAUAGUAAUCAUUCUGUUCAGGAGUUUCGUUUUUAUUUUUUUUCGCUUUCCUAACUGUACAUGUAGCAACGCAUCUGCUCUCUUGUGUUUCGUCGCAUAUAUAGGUACCUGACAACGAAGUUGGAUUUGGCUCUAG